AUGACGGAAUUUAGAGCCUCGGUCUCAGCCUCGGUCUCCUCUUCUGGGCCUCCGGCCUCCUCACCGAUGUCAAAGCCGCCACGGAAGAGAAGAAGACCCGCCGUUGUGUGUGCCGAGUGCCGGCGACGCAAGAUUGCCUGCGACCGAAAGACGCCGUGUGGCCAGUGUGCCCUGCAUAAUGUCGAGUGCGUGUACGUGACGGGAGCGGUGCCGCCUCCGUACGGCCGUCCUGUCAAGGCGCCGACAAGCCCCGUGCUGCAGCCAGGGAGUGGUCCUGAUUGGCCGGACACAGAUGCGGCCGACGUCAAGCCGAGUGCCGAGUCUCUCGAUGCCGUGUCGUUCGGGGAAGAGGCGUCCGGUGAGCCCGAGAGGUAUGCUGCUUCCAUGACGGAUCAGCCAUCUCGGUUCGGCGGUCGACUGGCCAAGACGCGUCUGUUUGGGCGCACGCAUUGGAUGCACAGUAUGGAUCAGUAUACGGACAUUCAUGCGCUCACGAUCCAAGGCCCUCAGGCGGCCGUGCCGACGCUUCACAAAUCUCUGCAGAUCAGCAAGCGGUAUGCGCGGGCCAUCAAGGACGACUAUCGCACGCGUAUCGCAGCUGUCAAGGCGGGCGACCCGGGGUGGUUCAAGCGGCCACCGCGCGCUGUUUGUGACCACCUGGUCGCCCUGUACUUUAACGCUUUCGAGUGUGUGUUCAGAGUACUGCACAUUCCGACUUUCGAGGAAGAGUGUCGUCUCUAUUGGGAAGGCGGUGCAGACGCGGACGCGGUGCCCGACGUGUUCGCGGUCAAGCUGAUUCUCGUUCUCGCCCUAGGCAGCCGCUUCUAUGACGGUUAUGCGUCGCUGCGGGACGACCUGAGUUUUGCGGUCGCACGGGCGGUAAAGCAUCUCGAGGUAGCAGCGUGUACGCCGCUGGACAAACGCGAUCUGAGCAUGGACAUGCUGCAGGUGUACUGUCUGGUGAUCAUCGCGCGGCAGACCACGGCGUUCGACCGGGGUGACGACCUCGUCUGGUUUUCGACCGGCUCGCUGCAGCACAUGGCGCUUGGUAUGGGCCUCCACCGCGACCCGUCGCACUUCCGGUCGCUUUCGUUCUUCGAGUGUGAGAUGCGCCGGCGCCUGUGGGCCACGGUCCUCGAGCUAUUGGUGCAGUCUGCCCUGGACCAGGGCAUGCCGCCGUUGAUCAGCAUCGACGACUACGACUGCCUGCCGCCGACAAACCUCGACGAUAUAGAAAUUAAAGGCAGCCCGUCCGAGAACGCAAGCAGCAGCGAGGACGGCACCACACAGGCCUCCAGCAACCCGUAUGAUGGCCGGAUCAAGGACCGACGGUCGUCAUCGUCCACGACACAGGGUCGUCCGGACACGGAGUUCACGCAGUCCAGCAUGCAGCGGCUUCUGCUCCGGUCGUUCCCCCCCCGACUCAAGAUUGCCAGGGUGAUGAAUAGCCUGAAGGAGGUGCUGCCGUAUGGUCGAGUGCUGCAGCUGAGCGGCGAACUGCUGGAGGCGAGGCGCUAUACGGCGACGACGCUGCGGAUGGCGCGGCUCAUGAUGGAGAGUGUGACGAUGGAUCCACGGGAGAAAGAUAGCUUUUUGCGAUUGCGUGUCCUGUUUUACGAAGUGCUCACGGGUCGUUUUCACCACUCGCUGCACUCACCCUUUGCUCGCAAGUCGUCCGGCAACACCUACUAUUUCUCGCGGCGCGCCCGCAUUGACACGGCUGUCAGGCUUCUGUGCAUGAGCCUGUCUCCAGCGAUGGGUAGCAGACGCCUCAACAGCAGCAGACCGCCACAGGAUGACGACAGUCGACCGCGACGGCCACAGCCACAACAGCAAGGCGCCGGCAAGGCUGUCGACGACCCAUGCUUGCAGUUGUUCAUUGUCGGCCGCGGACUUGUCAAGUGCACGUUUAUCGACGUGCACGCCACGGUGGUUAUCGAGCUGAUCCUGCAGUUGCAGGAGGACUUCAUCCCCGGAGCAGACCUGAGUGUGACCCAGCGCGAGCUGUACGGCACAGCACAGGCAUGUCAGACCUUGCUGGAGGAUCGCAUUCUGGCGGGCGAGACAAGCGUGAAGGGUCUCAUUUUCUUUGCCGGUGGCAUGGCCCAACUGGAGGCGUUGAUGAGCGGUCGACCAGUGCGGCGGGAUAUCGCAGAUGCCAUGGAUCGCGCGGCAGGGCAAGGCAUUGAACUUUUGCAGGAUCUGGCGAGUUCUCGAAAGGUGACACUGCCUGACGAUGCUGUCGAUGCACCAGUGGACAUACCUGUGGCCGCACCCGUGGUCGCACCCAUUGAUACAUCGGUGGCCUCAUCGGUGCCUGCAUCGGUGGCCACAUCGGUGACUGCAUCAGCGGACGCACCGAUGCCGCACAUGCCACCGAUGGCGCUGCCGCAAGAACACAUGUUGAAUCUGAUCGUUGCACCGACACACAACAUUGUGGGACCAGCCCUGUAUGGCGAAAUUGAUGCUGGCAAUGUGGAUAUCGAUGCGAUCGGCCAUUUUCCUAGCACCGACCUCAGCGUAACGGGCAGCGCCGGCUCCUGGAAUGGUGAGUACAUGGUCGAUCCGAACUGGUUCUAUCCAUACAACGACUGUGUCGGGGCGAGCUUUUGA